GUCCGGGAAUCAAUUUUUUAACUUCCCAAAGGAAGAAGAAAAGAUCGGUCAACACUGGGAAGAAGUCGAUGCUUUCCAAAGAUCAUUGGAAAUUACUAAAGACCUCCCACCAUUUGCAUUUUUUGAUGGUCCACCAUUUGCUACUGGUACUCCUCAUUAUGGACAUCUUUUAGCCUCUACUGUUAAGGAUAUCAUUCCUCGUUACGCCACCAUGAACGGUCACCAUGUUGAAAGAAGAUUUGGUUGGGAUACCCAUGAUUGACAAAAAAUUGGGUAUUACUGGUAAAGAUGAUGUUAUGAAUAUGGGUAUUGAUAAAUAUAAUGCUGAAUGUCGUUCUAUUGUUAUGAGAUAUGCUGGUGAAUGGCGUAAAACCGUUAGUAGAUUGGGUAGAUGGAUUGAUAUGGAUAAUGAUUAUAAAACGUUAUACCCAGAAUUUAUGGAAUCCGUUUGGUGGGUUUUCAAACAAUUAUAUGAAAAAAACUCUGUUUACAGAGGGUUGAGAGUCAUGCCUUAUUCUACCGGUUGUACCACUCCUCUUUCUAAUUUUGAAGCUCAACAAAAUUAUAAAGAAGUUAAUGAUCCAGCCGUUACCGUUGGUUUCCCAUUAGUUGAUGAUGAAAACACUUGGUUGGUUGCUUGGACCACCACUCCAUGGACCUUACCUUCCAACAUUGCCUUGGCUGUUCACCCAGAUUUAGAAUAUAUCAAAAUUUUUGAUGAAGAAAAGGGUAAGAACUUUAUCUUAUUAGAAGGUUUAUUGAAAACUUUAUAUAAAAAACCUGCCUCUGCUAAAUUUAAGAUUGUUGAUAGAUUUAAAGGUAAAGAUUUGGAUGGUCUUAAAUAUGUUCCUGCUUUUGAUUACUUCUAUGAAUCAUUCAAAGACUAUGGUUUCAAAGUUUACUGUGCUGAUUAUGUUACUGCUGAUUCUGGUACUGGUAUUGUUCAUCAAGCUCCAGCUUUUGGUGAAGAGGAUUUUAACGCCGCUACUAAAGCAGGUAUCAUCAGUGAAGAUAGAUUACCUCCUAACCCAGUUGACGAUGUUGGUGCUUUCACUAAUGAAGUUUCUGAAUUCAAAGGUGUUUACGUUAAAGAUGCUGAUAAAUUAAUCAUCAAAAAAUUGACUGAAAAUGGAAGACUUUUAGUUAAUACUCAACUUAAGCACUCUUAUCCUUUCUGUUGGAGAUCUGAUACUCCUUUGAUUUACAGAACCGUUCCUGCUUGGUUUGUUCGUAUCGGUGAAAUCAUUCCAGAUAUGUUGAAAAAUGUUGAACAAACUAAUUGGGUCCCUUCUAACAUUAAAGAAAAAAGAUUUUCAAAUUGGAUUUCUAAUGCCAGAGAUUGGAACAUUUCCAGAAACCGUUAUUGGGGUACUCCUAUUCCUUUAUGGGCUAGUGAUGAUUUAGAAGAAAUCGUCUGUAUUGGUUCCAUUGAAGAAUUGAAAGAGUUAUCUGGUAAUAACGAUAUCACUGAUAUCCAUCGUGAAAGUAUCGAUCAUAUCACCAUCCCUUCCAAACAAGGUAAAGGUCAAUUAAAGAGAAUUGAAGAAGUUUUCGAUUGUUGGUUCGAAUCUGGUUCUAUGCCUUAUGCUUCUAGACAUUAUCCAUUCGAAGAGAAAGAAAAAUUCAAGAGUGCUUUCCCAGCCAAUUUCAUUUCCGAAGGUUUAGAUCAAACUAGAGGUUGGUUCUACACCUUAACUGUCUUGGGUACUCAUUUGUUCAAUACUGCUCCUUACCAAAACGUUAUUGUUACUGGUAUCGUUUUAGCCGCUGACGGUAAGAAAAUGUCUAAACGUUUGAAGAAUUACCCAGAUCCAAAUCAUGUCUUAGUCCAAUACGGUGCAGAUGCUUUAAGAUUAUACUUGAUCAAUUCUCCUGUUUUGAGAGCUGAAACCUUGAAAUUUAAAGAAGAAGGUGUUAGAGAAGUUGUUUCAUCCGUUUUGUUACCUUGGUACAACUCUUAUAAAUUCUUAAAAGAUGCUGCUGAUCUUUUCAAGAAAGAUAAUGAUCAAGAUUUCAUUUAUGAUCCUAAAUUGAUCUCUAACAAUGUUAUGGAUAGAUGGUUGUUAGCUUCUAUCCAAUCUUUAAUUAAAUUCAUUCAUGCUGAAAUGACCGCUUAUAGACUUUAUACUGUUGUUCCAAGAUUGUUAGCAUUAAUUGAUGCUUUAACCAAUUGGUACAUCAGAUUUAACCGUCGUCGUCUUAAGGGUUACUCUACUGAAGGUUUGGAAGACACCAAAAUGGGUCUUAACACUUUGGCCGAAGGUUUGUUAACUUUGUCUAGAGCUAUGGCCCCAUUCACUCCAUACUUAGCUGAUGGUAUCUACCAAAAAUUAAGAGUGUACUUCCCAGAUGAAGAAUUAGAAAGCUUCUGUGUCAAUCCAAAGAUCAAGGAUAUUAGAUCCGUUCAUUUCUUAGCUUAUCCAAAUGUUAGAGAAGAAUUAUUUGAUUCUGCUAUUGAACUUGCAGUUUCUAGAAUGCAAAAAGUCAUUGAUUUGGGACGUAACAUUAGAGAAAAGAAAACCAUCUCAUUGAAGACUCCAUUGAAAGAGUUGGUUAUUUUACAUUCUGAUCCUCAAUACUUAAAGGAUGUCGAAUCCUUGAAGGGCUACAUCACUGAAGAAUUAAAUGUCAGAAACUUGGUCAUCACUGAUGAUGAAGCCAAAUAUGGUGUUCAAUAUACCGCUGUUGCUGAUUGGCCAGUCUUAGGUAAGAAGUUGAAGAAGGAUGCUAAGAAAGUUAAAGCUGCUUUGCCAUCUGUUUCAUCUGAAGACAUUCAAAAAUUCUCUGAAACUGGUAAGAUUACUGUUGAUGGUAUUGACUUGGUGGCUGAAGAUUUGAACGUUCAACGUGGUUUACCUUCUGAAAAGGCUGAACAUGGUCAAGAAUCUAGAUCUUCCCAAGAUGUCUUGAUUAUUUUGGAUGUCAACUUAUACCCUGAAUUACUUGGUGAAGGUUUAGCUAGAGAAUUACUUAAUCGUAUCCAAAGAUUACGUAAGAAGGCUGGUUUGAAUACUACCGAUGAUGUCAAAGUCGAAUAUAAUUUGGUCAAAGAUACUAUCAAAUUUGACACCAUUGUCAAAGAUAAUGAAGCUCUUUUGCUCAAAUCUACUAAAAGACCAUUGGCUCCUUUCACCGAAGCUAAUGAAUCAGCUGUUAUUAUUGACGAAGAACAAUCUAUCAAUGAUACCGUUUUCAACUUAAGAUUGUUGAAAAUCUAAGAUUCUUGACUGAUGUCUCAUUGCUCUUUAGCUUACUCCUUUUACGUAUGUGUCUGUACACAUAUAUGCAAUUUUCUUCUGUGU